GAAAGCGAACAAAUUAUAAAGGACAACCCAAAAAUUUCUUUGCGUCUUCCUUUAAAUUUUUUAAGUGUACAGUACAGCAUAGACUGGCUUUGUGCUUCUUUGCGUACAUAACGUAGUAUACAAUCACAUCAAACUUCUUUUCCAGCACGUCGAACAUCGAGCGACCUCGUAAACUCUAAAGUUGGUUUCUUUCUGUUCAAAGGUGCCAUAAGCCAUAAGGCUUAUUUGUCGCUCAUGUGCCCGAACUGUGUUGUUGUUGGUUUUGUAACUUCGUCGUAGACAUUGAAUUUAAUGGUGACCAUAGUUUUCUUGGGAUAAUUUUGAUGCGACGCUGAUACUAAUUAGGCUUAUGUUUGACGAGAACUAGGAGCCAUUUCCCCCCGUCAGCCGUCGCCACCAUUUCUGAGAUUAUUUGUGCUAAUUUGGGAAAUUAAUAUUUUAUUAUCCACCCGAAUCCCAAAGGGUUGAAGAGCCAGUUGCGGACGAUUUUUGUUCAUUGUUAUUACUGGAGUUAACCAUAUCUCUCCAUGUCUCAAAAAUCUGCUAAAGGAAAUGCAAAGGACGGGAAAACUUACUCUUUGAAGCUGGGAAACAGUUUCGAAAAACGAUCGGAUGUAUCAUACCACACCAUGCGCUUCGAUUUUAAACCUGUAUCUUUGGGCGCUAGCAAGGAUUUGACCAUGCAGAUUGGCGGUGAGAACGGACUGCAAGUUACAGCUACAAUGACCGGCGGCACUAGUACGAAGCAGGGAAGCGGAGCUUCGAAUGGCCAGACUGUUUACAAGGGAUCAAAAAAGCCUUACACCACUAAAGAAUGCGUGCUGAUAAUCGAUGAACAAACGGGCGAAGUCGUUUUGGAGAAACUUGGGGAUAAUAUCAUGCUGAAAAAAGCCCGCCCGGAACAAGGAAAUAAACCGAAGCUCUUCAGCGACAAAUCCGAUGUGAGUCCGUUUGGCACUCCGAGCUAUUCUCCCACGGCUUCCUCUUCGCCCACUCCAUCGCCAACUCAACCUGUUGCCUCUCAAAACACCACGAAAAAACCACCAGUAAAACCAAAAACCGAUGUAAAGCCUGCGCCGGCCCCGAAAGCCGCAACAUCUCCUCCGAAACCUUCUCAGCAACCAGCGCUUGUUGCUGCCCAGCAGAAACCGUUAGAGAAGGCUCCAUUGCCGUCUAAAGCUCAAAAAGGAAAGAUCAACGAUCGUCUGGACAGCUCUUCAUCCAGUUCGUCUUCUUCCAGCUCAUCAUCCAGUGAAAGUGAUUCAGAUAGCGAUGGGGACGAUAAUAUGGACAGUUUGCUGGAUAUGGAUCCUAAGUCGACUCAGCGGCAAGGUCGUCCUGGUGCAAAUGGAAGUGUAAAUAACAAAACCGAACUGGCCAACGUGGCUGCUACACAGCCUCAACAAACAGCACCGGCUCCGACAAGAAGAGUGGCAUCUUUAGCGGAUGAUUUGAAAUUGAGUAGCGAUGAGGACGACAAGGACGAUUCGGAUGAAGAUGGAAUAACGUUCUAGUUUUACGUCCUGAAAGUUUUUUUAAUUUGGUUCUUUCAUUGUUCAAAUGGGCUUUCAUUUUGCAGACACUUGUCAUAAAUAUUUUGGGAUUUGGUCAUGAGACGUGAUGAGAAUGAACUAUUAACAGUUACUACAAUAAUGUUGUUUGUAAAAUGUAUUAUGCGAUUACAGUCAUUAAACCAUUCAGACAAUAAGAUUGGUGAAAAU